AUGGGAUGUUGUGCGUCUAGACCUCCUGAAAAAACAGAGAAGCGAAAAGUGACAUUAAAGCGGUCCGUAGGAAGAAAAAAAACAAAAGCGAGCAAAAAAAGUGAUCUAGAUAAAUCAUCAGAAACUCACAAGCGAUCUCUUAGCCGAAGAGUAACUCCUUGUUUAAAUAAAGUAGAAAACACACAAGGCAGCAUCUUUGAUUUUUACCAAAAAGUUAAAAACAUCUAUAAAGCAAGAAGUGGAAGCAUAUGACUUGCCUUACUCCCCCAUCCUUGAUCGAACAGCUCGCCAUCGUUCGAUCAAGGAUGGGGGUUGAAAAAAAUUUUUUGGGAAGAAUCUCUAUUUUUCAGAUUAUUGAGUUUUUAAGAGAUUGAUGACUAAAGCACUUCGGAUGGCUGAUUCCGUAGCUUUUUGUCGUCUCAAAGCCUCUGACAACAACUUCACUAGGCACAUCUUCCCAAGCUUUUGAUAACUAAAUAUAUUUUAUAUAUAUAAAAUUUGCAUGAUAUGAAAACCGUUCGACCAAAGUGGGGUUGAUUUCCCCAAUUUUUAGGAAUUUUUACAGUGAAUCGUUCGACCAAGGAUGGGGGGAGCUAGAUAAGAGAACAAACAUUCAAAAGGCCAUCAAAGAAAUCAAGAAAAAUACUUUAGAAUCCUCCGCUCAAGAUCUCUUUUUAGAAGAAGUAGAAAAGCUGAAAGAGCUUGUAAGCUUUAUAUAGGAUCAUCCUAAUAUUGUAAAAUUUCAUGAAUUAGUCAUUUCAAGUGACACUUUUUAUCUUGUAUUUGAAUUCAUGGCUGGAGAAAAUUUAUUUAAAAGAUUAAAGCGUAAAUAUAUAAAUGAGCAACUUGCAGCAAAUUAUACAAAAAAUUUAUUAGAAGGUUUGGAAUAUUGCCAUAAUAUAGGAAUUCUUCAUAGAAAUAUUAGUUUAGAAAAUAUGCUAUUUGUCUCGAAGAAGGAAGAUACGUCAAUCAAAUUGAAUGAUUUUGGCUUUACUUGGAGGAAGAAUAUGAAGCAAACGCAAAGUAAUGAAUUUACUAAAGAUGAGUCGGAGCUAAAAUAUUUGGCACCAGAAACCUUUGAAGGGAUAUAUAAUGAUAAAAGCGAUAUCUGGAGCCUUGGAAUUGCGCUAUAUGUCAUGCUUAUUGGCCGAUUUCCUUUUAAUACUGCAAUGGAUGUUAAAAGAGGGAUUGAUUGGAGUAAUGAUAUGUUUCUAAUUUAUUCAGCUGAAAUGAAAGACUUUCUCAGCAAAAUGCUCGCGCCUGACUAUAAAGAGCGAUUUUCUGCAAUUGAAGCUCUAAACCAUCCAUGACUCCAAAUUGUUUAUCCUUCUCCUCAAAAUCUUUUAAACGAGCAAACUGUGGCAAUUAUUUCAAAAUUUUUAACAAGAAAUAAAAUAGAGCAAUAUUUACUUACCUACGUUGCUUCUUUAUAUUCGGAUUUCAACGAAGAAAAGCGGCAUAUCAAGCUUUUUAAAUUUCUAGACAAAAAUUAUGAUGGCUUAGUUGACAAGCAAGAGCUCAAGGAAAUUUGAAAAGGAAAAAUAUUUGAAGAUCCUCAAGAAAUGGAGGAGAUAUUAUUAGGGAUUGAUAUGGAAGAGGAUUAUAGCUUUAGCUUCACUAUGUUCAUGGCAGCCCUAGCUGACUGGAAUUCAGCUGCCUCUCGAAAUAAAUUAGAAAGUGCUCUAAAAAGUUUAUCACAAAAUAAUACAAGAAGGAUUGAUGUAAAUUAUAUUAAAAGAAAAAUACCAGCAGCGGAUAAUAAAGAAUGGGAACAGUUUUAUAGGAUCGUUGGUAACGUUGAAGGUUCAUUUGUUAAUAUUGAUCAGUUAAAAGAAGUUUUGCUAAAAUAA